AUGCAGGUCUUGGUUGCAAUCACCGUUGUUAGCGCCCUCGUGGCAACCGUUUCAGCAGGUGGACUGGGUGGCUUCGGAGGAGGCUUUGGAGGCGGCUACGGGGGCGGCUACGGGGGUGGCUACGGACUUGGCGGUGUCGGCUUGGGAAGCAGUGUCGUUCUUCUGAAUAGCGGAGGCGGUGUUGGAUCGUCAAAGGCUGUAGCUGGUCCUGCCUUCCUGGUAAAAACCGUCCACCAUGUUCACAAGAUCUCUGGAGGAGGCGGCAUUCUGGCUCACAGCGGUUUGGGCGGUGGCUUCGGCGGCGGCUUCGGAGGCGGCUUCGGCGGCGGCUACGGUGGCGGCUUCGUCGGUGGCUACGGGGGCGGAUAUGGAAAACACUGA